AUGUCAACAAGACCUCAAGACGAUCGAAAUCAAGAAGCUACGGUGUAUCUUGGAAACCUUGAUGAGCGAGUAACAGACGCCAUCGUCUGGGAACUCAUGCUCCAGGCCGGCCCAGUUGUGAAUGUACAUUUACCAAAGGAUCGCGUCUCCAUGUCCCACCAAGGGUACGGUUUCUGCGAGUUUCUAACAGAAGAAGAUGCCGAAUACGCCUGCAAGAUUAUGAACCAGAUAAAACUAUGGGGAAAACCUAUUCGAGUGAACAAAGCGUCGUCAGACAAAAAACAGCUGGACAUUGGUGCAAACUUGUUUAUUGGAAAUCUUGACCCUGCAGUCGACGAACGACUUUUAUAUGACACGUUUACGGUCUUUGGUCCCCUUACGCAGCCAGCAAAGAUUGCGCGGGAUCCAACAACCAUGGAAUCUCGAGGACAUGGCUUCGUCUCAUAUGCAGACUUUGAAUCCGCAGACGCAGCUAUCGAGGCGAUGAACAAGCAAUACCUCAUGAACAAGCCCAUUGAAGUCCAGUACGCCUUUAAGAAAGAUGGAAAGGGCGAGCGACAUGGUACCGAAGCCGAACGACUGCUCGCUGCUCAAGCCAGAAAAAAUAUGCAACUGCCGCUCGCGGCGCGACCCCCUGCUGCUCCUGCGGCAGUCAUGAGUCAGUUUGGUCCACGGCCUCCUAUGCCAGUUGCUGCUGCUCCAUAUACAGGAGCCUAUCCAGGGCAAUAUGCUGGAGCCCUUGCUCAACCUCCACCCCCUCCAGCAGGGUUUGCUAUGCCCGGUAUGAUACCAGGUGCCGCCGUGCCCAUGGGCAUUCCACCACCUCCGCCAGGUUUCAGUACAGCCUAUCCUGCACCUCCUGCAGGCUUUGGUAUGCCGAUGAUGCCUCCUCAAUAA